AUGUUUGGCGGUUCUAGGAGGCACCGGCAAGCCAAUCAGCCAUUGACUGCCGCAACAGCAAAUCCCAGCGCGGCCACCGCAGCCGCAUCAGCGUUCGCGCGUCGCGCAUCCUCGUCAUCCCUCUCAUCCGCCGCCGCCGCCGCCGCCCUCCGCGCAAGACCCACGACACCCAUCAAUGUCGCCGAAGUUCAGACGAAGCGGACUCAAAAGCGCAGCGCGUCCGUGUCGUCGCACGGCAGCCAGGACACCCGACGAAGCCUGCAUAGGUCCCCUAGCCAGGGCUCUAUGAGCGAGAGGACCUUCCGCUCGCCGUCGCCACACCGAACCCCGGCGCCCGCGGAGGAUGCGCCGCCGGUCCCGACCAUUCCGGACGACAUGCGGUCAAACGGCGGGAAGUCGACCCACACCAGGUCGACGAGCCUACAGAUGCAGCCGUUUCGUGUUGCGAGUCAGAAGCAAAAGGAGGGUGGCUCCUGGUUUGGAGCCGCAACGGAGGGGAAUUUGGCCAACGUCAGGACCUCAGACGCUUCGAUGCGCGUUGCUUCACCAGAGUCCCGCCCGGGAGCUGUAAGCCCAACUUCUUCUGUCAACUUUUCCUAUCCGAGGGGGCUGCAUACCGCAUCACCCCCACCAUCGCCAGCUGUCGAGAGCAUUAGAAUGACAAGUAGCCAGCGACUUGCCUCGCCCCGCCGAACAGAGUCAGUGGCCUCCCGGUCAUCCGUCUCAGAACAACCACUCGUAUACGAUCCCAACUCGCGGAGGAUGGUGCCCAACGUGAAUCUGUUGGCCAAGGAGCAAAGUGUUCGUGAUGCGUCCGAGAAAUCGCCUAAGAAGAAGAAACAUCAACAGCAAGGAUUGGCUAGGAGUGGUUCCCACCUCGCCAAAGGUACAAUGAGUAGAACUCACGGUGUUGCAGUGGAAAGCGAGGAGCCUGCCACGAGGCAGCGCGAACAACCUCAAGCUCGAGCUCAGGCGACUACUCCUGAGCCAAAGGUGUCACAAAACCAGCUCGCGGCUAGUGAAACAGUGCAGCCAGUCCUAGCGCCAUCACAUGUAGACGAGAAAGCAUCAAUGGUCGGAUCUCAUUCUUCGCCUAAUGGGUCAGCACCUGAGACUCGCGGCCAACAACAAGCAACAGCCAGUCCUGAGACUACUCAAGCGGCCCCAGAAGUAGAGUUCGAACAGCAGGCGCGAAAGAGUGACGGCGCCACCAAUCUUCCGCGUUCUGAGCCGCGGCAAGGUGUCCCUAUCUUGGCAAGAAAGCCAUCAACGGUCCAGGAGGAAUCAGACGAGGACCUGCUGAACUCAGAAGAUGAAGAUGACCAAUCUGCAGCGCAACAAGACGUUGCUAAUGUCCUUGAUGCAGUGCCCGUCCGAUCCUCCGGCCCUCCCAAGCAACCAUCUCUGUCUUCUGAGAGCACGGUUGUCGAGUCUCAAGUCUCCUCGUCCCAGAGGCAGCCGAGUCCACCAGAGCUCAGGCAGCAUGGGAGCGUCAGAAAUGCCCGGGCUCACUCCAGCAGUCCGGCAAGAUCAGCGCGCUUUGCAUUGGGGGCAGAUCAACUACUCAUCAGGCAUGAGCCUCCCGCAAGAUCAGUCUCACCUCGGAAGUCCGCCUUGAAGCACUCGGCUAGUCCUUCUAGGGGAGCUUCGCCGACGGACGAGAGCUCCGAAGCUUCAGGUCCCAGUCGGUAUGGUAGUGAGGUCACUGCCAUUGAGGGCCAAGUAGCACGCAAGAAGAGCGUACGCGUCAGCUUUGACGACGAAAACACCAAGGUCGUGGGACAGUCUGCUGCCAAACCUGAGCUUGAUUCGCCCGUCCCUCCUAGUCCCCAGACGAAGAGACACUGGUACAGCCACUUGGGUCGAAAUCGAAAGAAGGAGGUGAUUGCCUUGGAUGAUGACGAGGUCAUGAAACCCCGUCCAGCGUUGCCAUCAUUUGGCAGUGUGCGUGACAAGAAGCUCAGAGAGCCCGAGGAACGGCCACUCGUUCGGCCCGUUGAACCACCGUCUUCCCCAUCUGCUCACGAUACAUCUGCAACUUACGAUUCCGACAAUGAGGAACUCUCGGCUCCUCUCGGCGCGGCUGCUGAUCACAAUGUCGGCGCGAUCUUGAAUCAGGAACAGACGGCCAGAAACGCGGCGAACAUCUCGAGGUUCCGGGAGCCGUUGCCACCUGUGGUGACAUCCAUGGAAGGUAACGGCUACUACUCGCCCAGCUCCUCCAGUUCUGAGGACGAGGAGGAGCAUGAGAUCGUGAAAGAACCAGAACCAACAUUACCUCCUGAGCAAGUCAAGGAAGAGAUAGUUGCUGCUCACCCUGAAAUAACUCACGACGAACCCAUUUCACUUACAGCGCUUGUUGACCAAAAGCAGCCAGAGGGCAAACACGAGGUAGAACAUGUUCCCGCCAUCUCUGUUAUUCAACCUACCCCUACUCCCAAGGAGACAGCCCCUAACGGCUCGGUGACCGCCUUCAGCUCCGGGUACUUUGAUGUUCCCGGAGGUUUCCCGGAAGACGAGAGCGACGAUAACGCAGUCACCACCCAAGCUCGACCAGAGUCAUCGGGUCCCAAGAAACCCGUUGAUGAGCCGGCACCAGCGCCGAGGACAGAGCGAUCCAUUGCGUUCGCUCCAUCUGCGCAAAAGACCACGUAUGAACCCUUGGUGGAGGAAACCGAGUCGUCAGAGGGCGACAGCAUUUACAGCGAUGCAUACGAGGACCUAUCAGAAGUCGAAGGGGACGGGUUUAUGUCUUUGGAUGCCGUCAUCACAACUCCAAUUCCCAACAAGGUUUCGCAGAAGCUUUACGAAAAGGUUCUGGUUACACCACCUAAGGAUUCGUCCAAGGACUCGCAAGCCAGCGAUUCUCCCCCUGGACCAGAACCCACCCGAGCCGCUGGCCAACCCGAGGACGAGUGGGAAAAGGCUAAGCAAUACUGGCGGGGCCUGACCAGCGACAAGCGCAAACAACUCGAAAAGGAGGCGUUUGAAGAGGCGGGUGUUGAUGGCGAUCUUGAGGAAGUCAUUCAGCCCAAGAAAGUGAGGAGGAAAAAGUCGGUUCGUCGUAGCGAUGGAGCUGCAGAAGAGCAGGCGGCAACAAAUCCUGAAAGAGUGUACCAGAUUCAGCCUGGCACCAAGGCCGCUGAUGAGGACGAACCACCAUCACCCAUGCGCAAGACGCUUCGCGGUCGACAGCCACAGGAGACGAAUGGAAAUGGCAAGCUCCAGAAAACAAUGAGAGGAGCGCAACCUACGCAACCAUCAGCAGGCGGUAUGGGCAUGCGAAAGACUCUGCGGUCCGAUGCUUCUACGCCCUCUCAACCUGUCGAUCAGCAACAGCUCGGUGGAGGAGGCAUGCGGAAGUCUAUGAGACAGAAUGGCUCCUCCGCGGGCCCAGGUCCUCAGCCGCGUGCCGCUGCUGCACCUGCCAGCCGGCCUCUUUCGACUCAAGGUCCACCAAGACGCGAGUCCGAUGAGAAGCGCUCCAAGCAUGCCUCGAUUGACGGAUCAAUGACCAGUACCGAGAUGGCAAAGGGCAUGCAAGCCAACUUACGGCGACGUGCGUCAGACUCGAGUGAGAGCAGUUUUAGACGUUCACGGCCUCAGCGUAAUGGCCUUGGAUUCAGAAAGUCCAUGCGUUCGAAUGAUGUGCCGGAAUCAGGGGCCACGGGCAGGAACUCACGCUUUAGCCUUCGGUCCGCCUCACCACCCGGCUCGCCCCGCUCACCACCGGUUACAAUGGGCAACAGAAUGACGAUGCGUACAAUGCGUCGGGAUUCUAGUGAAAGCAGCACAAAACGCCUGAGCCUUCUCUCAUUUGGGGGCAAGAAGUCUGCUAAGGAGACCACGAAAGCCGGCAAGAAGAGCCGGUUUGGAGACUCAAGCGAUGAGGACGACGCUGGGCCGUCUGCUUUCCGCAGUCGUUUUGCCGACUCCAGUGAUGAAGACGAGAGACAGCCUUCCAAGUCUGCCUCGCAGACUAUGCCCAAAACGAUGCGAACUUCAAGCUCCGCCGCGGCUGCUGCCAUGAAGAUGCCUCCCCCACGCUACGAUGAGAAGGGCGAAGAAUCGCCAGACCUUCCGGACAGCAGUGACGAGGAGGUCGCCCCGCCUCCGGUCCCGGUGCAGUCGCAGAAGCCGGUCUCUCAGAGAAAGAUCUCAGGCGCUAGUGGCCGCCUCGUCAAAUCUCAGUCGGAUGGUCACGGUCUGCAGCGGUCGGGCUCUGGUCGCGCAGCGCUUAUGGAGUCUUCAACGACGCCCGCCGUGGGCACGCAAGUGAUGGCUCGCCCUACGCAGCAUCGUAGGGGCAGCCUACUCUCUGUGCUCCGCCGCAAGAAGGACACCGACAUGGGCAAGAUCUCGCGUCCUUCUCACGGCGAGAGCGGGGCUAGGAAGGACACCAAGCUUGAGCGCAGCCCCGACGAGAUCUCGGCUCUUCGUAGCGGCACCAUAUCACCCAGACUGCAGAAGCAAAUGGAGAAUUGGCCACUCGUCGAGGAGACGAUCGACGAUGAGAAGAGGCCAAUGACCUCGGAUGGCACUAAGCCGAUGGACGCCUCGCGACCCGUGUUUGCGCCGCGUCGUAGCACGAACCAGGUGCUCGUGGCGGGCCGCCCCGGUGAGCUGGACACUACACAGCUCGAGGGCACCCGCAAGAAGAAGAAGUUUGGCACGCUCCGUCGCAUGUUCAAACUAGAUGACUAG